AUGGCGGUGGUUUUGCGUUAUGUGGACAAAAAUGGGAAAGUCAUUGAAAGGUUUGUAGGAGUUCAACAUGUUCCCGACACCACUUCAAACACAUUAAAGGAGUCUAUUGAUGCCUUCUUUCAUUUCAAUGAGUUGAGCUUCUCCAAUUUACGAGGGCAAGGUUACGAUGGUGCUAGUAAUAUGAAAGGUGAGUUCAAUGGACUCAAGACAAAGAUUUUGAAUGAUCAACCUUGUGCAUUCUAUGUUCAUUGCUUUGCUCAUCAACUCCAAUUAGCUCUUGUUGCCGUAGCAAAGAAUAAUGUUGAUGUUAACACAUUCUUUCUAUUGGCUAAUAAUGUGGUAAAUAAUAUUGGAGCUUCAUGUAAGCGUUGUGAUGCACUUAGAGAGAUGCAACAAAAAGAACUUAUGAAAGCUCUUGAAAAUGAUUCUCUUAUGACGGGACGAGGCUUAAAUCAAGAAACUAGUCUCAAACGUUCCGGAGCUACAAGAUGGAAUUCACAUUAUGGUACUUUAAUUAGUUUGAUUACUAUGUUCUCAUCCGUGGUCAAUGUGCUUGAAAUGAUUGUUGAUGAUAAUAUCAAUGAUAGUGUGGCCGAAGCAAAUAGGUUAUUGAAAGACAUACAAUCUUUUGAGUUUGUGUUUCUCUUAUUUUUGAUUAAAUCUAUAUUGGGAAUCACGAAUGAUUUAUCACAAGCAUUACAAAAGGAUGAUCAAGAGAUUGUGAAUGCAAUGGCUUUAGUCAACACAUGUAAAGAACAACUACUCUACAUGAGGAAUGAUGAGGGGUUUGACCUUUUGGUUGACAAAGUAUUGUCAUUUUGUGUCCAACAUCAUAUUGAGGUUAUUAACAUGGAUGAGACAUAUGUAGCUCAUGGGAGGUCGCGCCGUAAUACCCACAAAAAGACCAACCGUCAUCGUUACAAAGUGGAGCUCUUUUUUGUUGUCAUUGAUUCUCAACUUACAGAGUUAAAUGAUCGCUUCAAUGAAACAAGUACCGAAUUGCUCAUUUGUUUGGCUAGUUUGAGUCCAAAUGAUUCUUUUGCAGCUUUUGACAAAGAAAAGCUACUUCGCCUUGCUCAAUUGUACCCUCAGGAUUUUACAAAGCAAGACCUAUUGACACUUGAAGAUCAACUCGAUAUUUAUAUUCAUUCUAUGCGUUCGAGAAGUGACUUUUCUGGGUUGCAAAGCAUUAGUGAUCUUGCUAAGAAAAUGGUGGAAAAAAGGUUACAUCGAGUAUUUCAAUAUGUGCAUUUACUUAUUGAAUUGGCUUUGGUUUUACCUGUUGCAACUGCUUCAGUGGAGAGAGCAUUUUCUGCCAUGAAUAUCAUUAAGAGUCCACUCCGCAACAGAAUGGGGGAUCAAUGGUUAAAUGAUAGCUUAGUUGUUUAUAUUGAGAAAGAUAUGGGAGACUUCCCCUAUUUUCCAGAAAGUUAUCAAAAUGGGGGAACAAUUCCAAGAUUUCAUGGUUCUAAAGCGGAUUUAAUCCAUAACUCAUCGGAGUCCAGCAGCAGGCAUUGCCGGAACAAUUCUGGGGAAUCACCGAAAGUUAUACAGAGGUUAGCACCUCGAAAAUUAGGUAGAUUCAAACAUGCAGAGCAUGAAACGCUUACUAGAGGUUUAAUGAGGACCCAUUCGAGCUCAGGGGACUUCAAAAUUAACGAGUUCCUCGCCAGAGGUCCACAUCGGAAACUGGGUGAAGAACACAUGGACUACAGGAGUUCAGAAUCUCGGAUUCGAGUCCGAAACUUAUGA